AUGCCUAAGAAUAAGGGAAAGGGAGGAAAGAACAGGCGUCGUGGAAAGAACGAGAACGACAACGAGAAGCGUGAAUUAACAUUCAAGGAGGAAGGUCAAGAAUAUGCCCAAGUCAUCAAGAUGCUCGGAAACGGUCGUCUAGAAGCUCUCUGCUUCGACGGUACCAGACGUCUUGCACAUAUUCGAGGAAAGCUCAGAAAGAAGGUCUGGAUCAACCAAGGAGACAUCAUCCUUCUCUCCCUCCGUGACUACCAAGACGAGAAAGGAGACGUCAUUCUCAAGUACAGCGCCGACGAAGCCAGAAGUCUGAAAGCCUACGGAGAAUUACCUGAGAGCGCAAAGAUCAACGAGACCGACACUUACGGACAAGGCGAGGAUGGAGAUUGCAACUUCGAGUUCGAUGACGAUAGGGAUAGUGGUAGUGACUCGGACGACGCUGCUGAUGGAGGAAAGGGCAAGGAAAUUGAUAUCGAUGAUAUCUAA